ACCUUGCCUACGACGUAAGGCUACCACGGCAUACAUAACUUAAGCAAAAGUGCACACCAAAUCGAACCUUGACCUUAUCUACCGCAUCCCCACUUCUAUCCACCUGUCGAUUGCUCAUGGACGAAGAGCAUCGAGAUAUACUCCAGAAGAAAUUACCUCGACCAGCGGGAGCUACGAAAGGAUAUAGCUUGUUAUAUUCAUCCGUCGACACUCUCCUAGAAACUAAAAGGAAAGCCGCAGACGCUGGUUUGCGCGUUCCGGGCUUGCAAGAUUUACUUGAUAAUAUUUCGAGUGAGGCUGUCACCGAGGGAAAGCGCCUGGAACGUCGAAAAUGGUGGUACAGAUGCCGGAAUAUGAGGGACUGCAAAAAGCAAAACGAAACAUAUCAAACAUCUUUUGCUAUCCUUGCGAAGGUGGAUGAGGCAGCCUCUAGCCACGGAGCGCCUGUCAGCCGGCGUAGAUCUUUCGAAGAACUGGAUACGCCCAGCCCCGCUAUGGCGACGAUUACACCUGCCAAUAUUGGACCAAUUGUGGACAACUCCAAAGAGUCGACCGCUGCUAGCGGAAGUGUCGAUGUAUCCCAACAUGAGACUGUGCUACAUAUCGCUGAAGUAACCGCUGCAAGGACAUUGGAACUGUUCCUACGUCACAGUGGAGUUCCUGGUGGGGAAAUCGUGAAUCAUUUUCAAGGGUGCAUCUUCGGACCAAGCGGGACUGCGCCGACAGUGAACUUCGGGGGCAGAAACAACAGAGGAGCAGCAGUGGCUAACCCAUUUUUAUUCCCUACUGAAGCUGGAGGGAUCGGCUUACAUGAGGACUGCCCCAUAGGAGAUGCGAUGGAUGUUGACUAAUAUAUUAUUUCUGAGUUGAACGACAAGAGACUCUCAUGUAGCCGUAAUGAACUAGUGUAUUUCUAGAUCUUAUUUACUUGAUAUUCCUGUAAUAUGCCUUGUGAUUUUACAUAC